AUGGGUUUCAAAAGGUUCUUACCCAGUUGUUUAAAGCCAAAGAAAGUUGUUAAAAGCUCUGAAUUUCAAUCCUCAAACAAGAUUUCAUUGAGAAGAAUCUUAUCAAUUUCUGAUAUGAGUGUUAGAUCUUCUCUUUCAAUUAUUAGUGAUCUUUCAAAUUCUUGUAAUGGUUCAAAUCUUCAAAUUUUUACCUUCAAAGAACUUACUGAAAUCACUCAAAAUUUCACCAAAGGUAACUAUUUGGGAGAGGGUGGAUUUGGGCCUGUGUUUAAAGGGUUUAUUCAUCACAAUUUCAAGCUUGGUUUGAAGAAAUCUCAGCAUGUGGCUGUCAAGAUUUUGGAUUUGGAUGGCUCUCAAGGCCAUAGGGAGUGGCUGGCUGAAGUGUUCUUUCUUGGCCAAUUGAGACACCCAAAUCUUGUCAAUUUGAUUGGGUAUUGCCUUGAAGAUGAACAGAGACUUCUUGUUUAUGAAUAUAUGGAAGGUGGAAACUUAGAGAAUUUGUUGUUUAAAGGUUGCUACGUUUCGAAUUUGACUUGGUUACAAAGGACGAAGAUUGCAUUAGGAUCAGCUAAAGGCCUUGCUUUCCUUCACGAACCCGAAAAGCCCAUCAUCUUCCGAGACUUCAAGGCUUCAAACAUCUUACUCGACUCGGACUAUAAUCCCAAGCUUUCGGAUUUCGGGUUGGCUACGAAUGGUCUUGAUGAGGACGACACACACGUAACGACUCAAAUCAUGGGGACAGAAGGGUAUGCCGCUCCGGAAUAUCUCAUGACAGGUCAUUUGUCGACAAUGAGCGACGUGUUUAGCUUUGGAGUGUUUUUAUUAGAGUUGUUAACAGGUCGACGAGCGGUCGACAAAAACCGCCCGAGCCGAGAACAGAACUUGGUAGCGUGGGGGAGACAUCGUUUAAACGAUCAAAACAAACUAGAGAAGAUAAUUGAUCCAAGGCUUGAAGGGAAGUACUCAAAUGAAGGAGCUAAAAAAUUGGCUGCAAUAGCAUACCAAUGCCUUAGCCAUCACCCCAAAUGUAGGCCCUCAAUGGCCUCAGUGGUCAAAGGAUUAGAGGCUGUUCAUAACAUGAAAGAGUUUAUAACUGAGCCAUUUGUGUACAUUGUCCCAAGUGAAGACACCAAUAAGGUGAACAAGAGAGUCGAGACGAAAGAGAAGAGACCGGAGAGCCGUUACCAAGGCCAAAAAGGUCGCAGAUAUAGGCCUCGAGUAUUGCCAUUGAGGUCAAGGUCAUGGUCGAAGUCGAGAUCGAGAUCGAAUGGUGUUCAUUCUGAUACAGCCUUGAAUUUUACUACGGGAUGUUCUUUCUCGUAA